GUAUGCAUAACAUUACCGGUUAGAAAGAAGGGCUGGUGGUAAUUGUAUGCGUUGAAAAAUGCAUAAAACCCUAACCAUCAUCUUCUUACUUGUUAACCCAGACGCUGAAGAUGAUGCGGACGACGACAAUGGCUGCUUCUUCUUCUUUGAAGGUUGGUUAUGGCAUCGGCAGCAGAGUGAGAGGUAUGUCCCUUGUGCCUCGUCUUCUUCAUAAAUAUACUCCUUUUCUAUUCUUCAACAAUUACUUGGCUCCAUUUCACUCUCGACCUUGUUACCCAACCAAAUCUAAAAACACCCAAUUGCAUCGGCUUGUCAAAGUCAAUAAUCUUGAGGAUGCACUCCAUGUGUUCGACGAAAUGCUUCAAAUGCGUCCACUGCCUUCCGUCGUCCGUUUCAAUCAAGUCUUGACUCAAGUCGCCAAGUUGAAACAUUAUUCGGCAGUCAUCUCGCUGAAUGACCAAAUGGAGCUGUCCGGAAUUCGUCCUGAUGUUUAUACUCUAAACAUCAUCAUUAAUUGCUUUUCUUAUCUCAACCAAAUGGAGUUUGGUUUAUCUGUCUUGGGAAAAUUCUUCAAAAUUGGUUUUGAACCGAAUGUUGCGACCUUCACCACUCUAAUCCAUGGAUUCCUUCUUCGGAAUAGAGAGGCUGAUGCUGUCGGGAUUUUGAAUAAAAUGAUGGAAAGUGGUAAUUGUAAGCCCAAUGUGGUUACUUUCGGCACACUAGUAAAGGGCCUUUGCAUGAAAGGUAACAACGCUGAAGCUAUUCAACUACUUAGGAAAAUGGAAGAAGGAGGUUGCAAGCCUGACAUUGUCAUUUACAGCACGAUCAUCGACAGUCUCUGUAAAGAUACUCUUGUUGUGGAUUCAUUGAACCUCUUCUCUGAAAUGAUGAGUAAGGGUAUUGCCCCUACUGUCAUUACCUAUACCUCUUUGAUUCAUGGAGUGUGCAAAUUAGGGGAGUGGAAAGAAGCUACGAGAUUGGUCAAUGAAAUGGUGAGCAAAGGUAUCUUUCCAAAUGUGCACACCUUCAGUGUCUUGGUAGACACCCUUUGUAAGGAGGGUUUGGUCGGGGAAGCAAAAAACAUGGUUGAAAUGAUGACUCAAAGAGAUAUUGUGCCUGACAUGGUUACGCACAAUUCACUUAUGGAUGGUUAUUGUUUGCGAGGAGAAAUGGGUAAGGCGAAAGAAGUCUUUGAUCUAAUGCUUAGCAAGGGGCUCGUGGCUGAGAUUCAUAGUUACAACAUACUGAUAAACGGCUAUUGUAAGCAGAUAAUGAUAGAUGAGGCAGUGAUGCUUUUUCUGGAAAUGUCUGGUGAAGGAUUGGUUCCGAAUACAGUUACUUACAGCACACUAAUAGAUGGUUUUUGCAAGCAGGGUAGAAUACACGAUGCACAAAAGCUGUUUUCCGAGAUGCAAGCUUGUGGCCAACUUCCAAAUGUUCAAACUUAUGCUAUAUUACUAGAUGGUCUGUGUAAAAACCAACAACUAUCUAAGGCAAUUGAAUUGUUUGGAGAGAUGAAAGGCAAGAAAUUGGAUCCAAAUAUUGUGGUUUACAAUAUUCUUAUUGAAGGUUUGUGCAUAGGUGGAAAAGUUGAAUGCGCAAGGGAUCUCUUUAACGGUUUGUCAUCAAAGGGACUUCAGCUUAAUGUCAGGACAUUUACCAUAAUGAUUAGUGGACUUUGUAAUGCCGGCCUAAUAAAUGAAGCGGAGAAUUUACUUACAGAAAUGAAAGAAAAAGGCUGUUCACCAAAUGGUUGCACCUAUAACACAAUUAUCCGGGGUUUUUUCAAUCAGAACAAGACAUCAAGGGCAAUGAAACUUAUCCAUGAAAUGGUGGAGAGGGGUUUUUCUGCAGAUGCAUCAACUGUGGAAUUGAUAGUUAAUUUGUUGUCUAAAGAUGAUGUAGAUCCUGCUUUGUUGCCAUUGUUAGAAGAUCAUAAUGAAGUUAAUUUGCAUCUUUGAAAGUUGAAGGAGAUGCUUUUGACCAUCGCAGAGAACUCUGGAAUUGUUGCACCAUUGACAACCAUGGUGUCCAAGGUCGUUGGGUGGUGGUGACAGCAGCAAGCUACCAUUAAUUCUUGGAAUUACAAUUCCAGCUUUCGUUGUUUUUGUGGUCAUUGCAGGAGCACACCAUGCAGGGCAAAAUGGUAGAGCCAACAUGCCUAAUGGCCCAACCACUACAAGGAGUGCCACCUACACCGUUGACUGGCUCCUUGUCGCCGGCCGGUCACCUUUUGUUUAUAAUUUUUUUUUUUUUUGUUUUUUUUUUUUUAACAAACGAUAGAUUUUGUUAGAUUAGUCACCGACUAGGUAAGAACUCACGUUCCUUUCCCUCACUAUGAUAAAGGGCCGCUUGAACCUUAUGUUUAUAGUUGGUGUCAUGUAUGUGCGAGUCAAAAUUGUAUUCAUACAUAGUUGUGUUUGAAAUUUUAUUAUAUUGUUUGCCUUCAUCAACAAGAA